CCUCAAGACCAACAUGGGGACUGCAGGACUUGAAACGACAUUAUGGCUCAUCCCACUAGUGCUGCUGGCCGGCUCACUCUCUCAGACUGUAACCGUUGUUCCUUCUCUAAACACCAUAAGCCUCAGUUCAGUGAAUGCAUCUCACAUCGGCCGAGUGUGUACAACUUGGGGGCAGUCUCAUUUUAAGACCUUGGAUGGAGACUUCUUCCAACUGACGUCCCCCUGUAACCAUGUCCUGGUCUCACAUUGCAAGGGCAGCUAUGAAAGUUUUAACAUUCAGAUGAGGCGCAGUGUAGUCAACAGCAUCCACACCAUCACCAGCAUUGUCAUGAAGCUGCAAGGUUCUGUGGUACAGAUCACUAGCAGCGCAGUGACUGUAAAUGGCAUAAAGGUGUCUCUGCCACACAUCUCAUCUGGGGUGUUUGUCAAAGCAACCACAUCUAGUAUCUCUGUUGAGGCCAAGCUGGGGAUCAAGGCGAUCUGGAACCUGGAUGACUCUCUUGAUAUUGAAAUAGGUAGCAAGUAUCACAACCAGACAUGUGGACUCUGUGGAAACUUUGAUGGUGUAUCCAAUGAGUUCACGAAAGACGGAGCUGCACUAUCUGUGACAGACUAUGCAGAGACCCACAAGGUGAACGGGCCCACAGAGAGCUGUGAGGAGCCGGAUCAGAACCUGAACCUGAGCUGUGGUGAUAAGCAAUUGUGUGACCAGACCUUCUCCAGUGCCCCAUUCAAAAGUUGCCAAAGCUUACUUGAUGUGGGAUCCUUCAGUAAAGCCUGCAUGGCGGAUGUGUGCAACUCCACAGACAAUACUGACUCCGUUCUGUGCAAGACCAUCUCAGAGUUUUCCAGGCAGUGUACCCAUGCAGGUGGCAAGCCUCAACAAUGGAGGAAUGAAACAUUUUGCUACAAGGAAUGUCCAUACAACAUGGAGUUCUUGGAGUGUAGCAGCUCGUGUCCUGACAGUUGCUCCAACCCUCAGGCCAGCCAGACAUGUGACAGUCACUGCCAUGAUGGAUGCAGUUGCCCUGCUGGAAUGGUUUUCGAUGACAUUGGUAACGGUGGUUGUGUUACAGUCACCCAGUGUCCAUGUCUGCACAGCAACAAAAUUUACAAGUCAGGAGAGUCCUUCUCCUACCGCUGUGGAUCUUGUAUGUGUGACAGUGGUCAGUGGAAGUGUCAGGAGGCGAACUGUCCAGGAACCUGUUCUGUGGAAGGAGGGGCGCAUAUCAACACUUUUGAUGGAAAAAUGUACACCUUCCACGGGGACUGCACCUAUGUUCUGGCUCAGCCGAGUAAUGGCACUGUAUACACUGUGUUGGCGGACCUGGAGAAGUGCGGUAUGGCUGACACGAGGACAUGCUUGAGAGCUGUAACUCUGGUUUUAUACGGCAGUUCUAAGUUUCAGGUACGAAUUCUGGCAUCUGGAAAGGUCACUGUAAACCAAAUUCCUUCUCAGCUUCCACUGUUUACACCUGAGCUGAGUGCCUUUCAGCAGUCUUCCUUCUACAUCCACGUAACCACCAAGGUGGGCAUACAACUGACGAUCCAGCUGUCCCCAGUGAUGCAGGUGUUCAUUUCAGCUGAUACGUCGCUCAAAGGAGCAACCUCUGGUUUGUGUGGGAACUUCAAUGACAAAAUGAAUGAUGACUUCGUGGGGCAGAGUGGACUGGUGGAGGGCACCGCUGCAGCAUUCGCCAAUACUUGGAAAACCAAAGCCAUUUGUCCUGAUAUCAGUGCGCGUUUUGACAACCCUUGCAGCCAGGGCAUCAGCAAGGAGGCUUAUGCCCAGUUCUGGUGCUCCAAACUAACUGAUCCCAAGGGAGUGUUUGCUCCUUGCCACUCUGUCGUUCGGCCUGAAACAUACAAAGAUAACUGCAUGUAUGACAGCUGUAACUGUGAAAAAAGUGAGGACUGCAUGUGUGCUGCCGUCUCAUCGUACGUCUUCGCCUGCUCAGCGGCAGGAAUCCACCUCAGUGACUGGAGGACAACCAUUUGUGGUCAAUUUAAAACAUGUCCAGUAGAAACAGUGUAUGCCUACAACAUGAGCAGCUGCCAUCGUACUUGCCGUUCCCUCAGCCAGACGGACCAUUCCUGCCAGGCAAACAUCACCCCAGUGGAUGGUUGUGGCUGUGCCGAGGGAACCUACAUGAAUGAAGAGGGGCAUUGUGUGUCCAGUGCAAACUGUCCAUGCUACGAUAGAGACACCACCAUUCCUUCUGGACAGAGUGUCAGCAGAGGUGGCACCACAUGUGUCUGCAGACAAGGAGUUCUGAGCUGUUCGGGAGGAACACAGCUAGUCUCACCAGAUUGUGUUGCUCCCAUGGUGUACGUCAAUUGCUCCACUGUUCAACCAGGGACCACUGGGACUGAGUGCCAGAAGAGCUGCAGUACCCUGGACAUGCCUUGUAUCAGCACAGAAUGUAUAUCAGGCUGCAGGUGCCCGGACGGCCUGUUGUCAGAUGGAAAAGGAGGCUGCAUUAAUGAGACCAGCUGUCCAUGUGUGCACAAUUCAAAGCUCUACCAGCCUGGAGAGACACUGGUGGUGGACUGCAACACCUGUGUCUGCAGUGGAAGGAAGUUUAGAUGUACCACAAAUGUGUGUGAUGCAGUUUGUGGAAUCUAUGGCGAUGGUCACUACAUCACAUUUGAUGAUAAGAGGUUCGACUUCAAUGGACAGUGUGAAUACACACUCCUCCAGGACUACUGUGGCACUGAUCAGAGCAGUGGAACCUUCAGAAUUAACACUGAGAAUGUGCCAUGUGGAAACACAGGAACCACGUGCUCCAAGACAAUCAAGAUCUUUUUGCAGGAUAAUGAAUUCCAACUUGAUGAUGAGGAAUUCCAGGUGAUAAAGGGCAGCAUCCAGCACUCCACUCAAGUGCAAAAAAUGGGUAUUUACCUGGUGGUGACAAUCAAGCCUGGCCUUGUGCUCGUGUGGGACAAGAAGACCAGUCUUUUCAUCACGAUCAGCUCACAGUUCCAGGGUCAAGUCUGUGGUCUGUGUGGAAACUAUGAUGGCAACAGUAGGAAUGAUUUCACCACACGCUCACAGGAGAAAGUGGCAGACGUUCUACAAUUUGGCAACAGUUGGAAAGUGUCAGGCAGCUGCCCGAAUGCCGUACUAGUCAGUGACCCCUGUACCUCUAAUGGCUACCGGGCAGCAUGGUCUCAGAAACAGUGUAGCAUCAUCACAAGUACCACCUUCCAGAGCUGUCAUUCACAGGUUGACCCUGGUCCAUACUAUGACUCUUGUGUGAGAGACUCUUGUGCUUGUGACAAUGGUGGGGACUGUGAGUGUCUCUGCACUGCUGUGGCUGCCUAUGCCAAAGCUUGUAAUCAAGCCGGGGCCUGCAUUAAAUGGAGAACUCCAAACCUGUGCCCUGUUUUCUGCGACUACUAUAACUCCCCUGGUGGCUGUGAGUGGCAUUACAAACCUUGUGGCGCUAACUGUAUGAAGACAUGUAGGAAUCCAUCAGGAAACUGCUCCGUGCUCAUCACUGACCUGGAAGGAUGCUAUCCACAGUGUUCCUCAAGCCAGCCCUACUUUGAUGAAGACACUAUGAAGUGUGUCACCUGGGACCAGUGUGGAUGCUAUGAUGACAAGGGCGUCCAUUCCAGCAUAGGAGAGGAGGCUCCAUCAGACAACUGCUACAACUGCUCCUGUACAAUCUCUGGAAUAACAUGCAGCUACGAUGUAAAUUCCUGUACAUGCACGGUUGAAGGAAAAACAUACAACUAUGGGACAGCCAUCUACAACACAACAGAUGGGCUAGGAAACUGCAUUACAGCUCAGUGCGGGGCCAAUGGAAAUGUGAUUAGGAUCGUCUACACGUGCUCAACAUCAACUACCAUUGGCCCAUCAACAAUUCCUUUCACAUUUAGCACAGUGGGGACAACAACUUCAGGCACAACAUUACCACUGAAAACCACUAUUGGAACCACAGCGACGCCUACGUGGCACAAAACCUCCACCUCCGAACCUCUGAAAGUGGUUACAACGGGACCAAUAGAGACCUCGACCAUGACUGUCGUUGAAACCACUACGUCAGUGCCAGAAAUCACAGUGACCAGCCAAGAAUCCACCGUUGUGACAUCAAAACCUUCUGUGACUACCACAACUACUCAGGCACCUUCAAGUACUACUGUGGGAACCACAACGAAACUGGUUGAGACAACCACCCCUGAAGGAACAACAGUCCAGGUUGGGACAACAAAACCUCCAAAGAUAGUCACCACUGGUCCUACAACACCCUCAACCACAACUGUUGUUGAAACCACUACGUCAGUGCCAGAAAUCACAGUGACCAGCCAAGAAUCUACCGUUGUCACAUCAACACCUUCUGUGCCUACCACAACUACUCAGGCACCUUCAAGUACUACUUUGGGAACCACAACAAAGCCUGUUGAGACAACCACUCGCGAAGAAACAACUGCUAUUGCCCCAAUCACACAGACACUUCCAGGCAGUACAACUGUUUACGCAACUAGUGCAACCACACAGCCAGCCACAAACACAACAGUCCAGGUUGGGACAACAAAACCUCCAAAGAUAGUCACCACUGGUCCUACAACAACCUCAACCACAACUGUUGUUGAAACCACUACGUCAGUGCCAGAGAUCACAGUGACCAGCCAAGGAUCCACCGUUGUCACAUCAAAACCUUCUGUGACUACCACAACUACUCAGGCACCUUCAAGUACUACUGUGGGAACCACAACAAAACUCGUUGAGACAACCACUCGCGAAGGAACAACUGCUAUUGCCCCAAUCACACAGACACUUCCAGGCAGUACAACUGUUUACGCAACUAGUGCAACCACACAGCCAGCCACAAACACAACAGUCCAGGGUGGGACAACAAAACCUCCAAAGGUAGUCACCACUGGUACAACAGCUUCAACCACAACUGUUGUUGAAACCACUACAUCAGUGCCAGAAAUCACAGUGACCAGCCAAGAAUCCACCGUUGUGACAUCAAAACCUUCUGUGACUACCACAACUACUCAGGCACCUUCAAGUACUACAGUGGGAACCACAACCAAGCCUGUUGAGACAACCACCCCUGAAGGAACAACAAUUCAAGUUGGGACAACAAAACCUCCAAAGAUAGUCACUACUGGUCCUACAACAACCUCAACCACAACUGUCGUUGAAACCACUACGUCAGUGCCGGAAAUCACAGUGACCAGCCAAGAAUCCACCGUUGUGACAUCAAAACCUUCUGUGACUACCACAACUACUCAGGCACCUUCAAGUACUACUGUGGGAACCACAACGAAACUGGUUGAGACAACCACCCCUGAAGGAACAACAGUCCAGGUUGGGACAACAAAACCUCCAAAGAUAGUCACCACUGGUCCUACAACAACCUCAACCACAACUGUUGUUGAAACCACUACGUCAGUGCCAGAAAUCACAGUGACCAGCCAAGAAUCUACCGUUGUCACAUCAACACCUUCUGUGACUACCACAACUACUCAGGCACCUUCAAGUACUACUUUGGGAACCACAACAAAGCCUGUUGAGACAACCACUCGCGAAGGAACAACUGCUAUUGCCCCAAUCACACAGACACUUCCAGGCAGUACAACUGUUUACGCAACUAGUGCAACCACACAGCCAGCCACAAACACAACAGUCCAGGUUGGGACAACAAAACCUCCAAAGAUAGUCACCACUGGUCCUACAACAACCUCAACCACAACUGUUGUUGAAACCACUACGUCAGUGCCAGAGAUCACAGUGACCAGCCAAGGAUCCACCGUUGUCACAUCAAAACCUUCUGUGACUACCACAACUACUCAGGCACCUUCAAGUACUACUGUGGGAACCACAACAAAACUCGUUGAGACAACCACCCCUGAAGGAACAACAGUCCAGGUUGGGACAACAAAACCUCCAAAGAUAGUCACCACUGGUCCUACAACACCCUCAACCACAACUGUUGUUGAAACCACUACAUCAGUGCCAGAAAUCACAGUGACCAGCCAAGAAUCCACCGUUGUGACAUCAAAACCUUCUGUGACUACCACAACUACUCAGGCACCUUCAAGUACUACUGUGGGAACCACAACGAAACUCGUUGAGACAACCACCCCUGAAGGAACAACAAUUCAGUUUGGGACAACAAAACCUCCAAAGAUAGUCACCACUGGUCCUACAACAACCUCAACCACAACUGUCAUUGAAACCACUACGUCAGUGCCAGAAAUCACAGUGACCAGCCAAGAAUCCACCGUUGUGACAUCAAAACCUUCUGUGACUACCACAACUACUCAGGCACCUUCAAGUACUACAGUGGGAACCACAACGAAACUCGUUGAGACAACCAUCCCUGAAGGAACAACAGUCCAGGUUGGGACAACAAAACCUCCAAAGAUAGUCACCACUGGUCCUACAACACCCUCAACCACAACUGUUGUUGAAACCACUACGUCAGUGCCGGAAAUCACAGUGACCAGCCAAGAAUCCACCGUUGUGACAUCAAAACCUUCUGUGACUACCACAACUACUCAGGCACCUUCAAGUACUACAGUGGGAACCACAACCAAGCCUGUUGAGACAACCACCCCUGAAGGAACAACAAUUCAGGUUGGGACAACAAAACCUCCAAAGAUAGUCACCACUGGUCCUACAACAACCUCAACCACAACUGUCGUUGAAACCACUACGUCGGUGCCAGAAAUCACAGUGACCAGCCAAGAAUCCACCGUUGUGACAUCAAAACCUUCUGUGACUACCACAACUACUCAGGCACCUUCAAGUACUACAGUGGGAACCACAACCAAGCCUGUUGAGACAACCACCCCUGAAGGAACAACAAUUCAAGUUGGGACAACAAAACCUCCAAAGAUAGUCACCACUGGUCCUACAACAACCUCAACCACAACUGUCGUUGAAACCACUACGUCAGUGCCAGAAAUCACAGUGACCAGCCAAGAAUCCACCGUUGUGACUUCAAAACCUUCUGUGACUACCACAGCUACUCAGGCACCUUCAAGUACUACAGUGGGAACCACAACCAAGCCUGUUGAGACAACCACCCCUGAAGGAACAACAAUUCAGGUUGGGACAACAAAACCUCCAAAGAUAGUCACCACUGGUCCUACAACAACCUCAACCACAACUGUCGUUGAAACCACUACGUCAGUGCCAGAAAUCACAGUGACCAGCCAAGAAUCCACCGUUGUGACAUCAAAACCUUCUGUGACUACCACAACUACUCAGGCACUUUCAAGUACUACAGUGGGAACCACAACCAAGCCUGUUGAGACAACCACCCCUGAAGGAACAACAAUUCAGGUUGGGACAACAAAACCUCCAAAGAUAGUCACCACUGGUCCUACAACAACCUCAACCACAACUGCCGUUGAAACCACUACGUCAGUGCCAGAAAUCACAGUGACCAGCCAAGAAUCCACCGUUGUGACAUCAAAACCUUCUGUGACUACCACAACUACUCAGGCACCUUCAAGUACUACAGUGGGAACCACAACCAAGCCUGUUGAGACAACCACCCCUGAAGGAACAACAGUCCAGGUUGGGACAACAAAACCUCCAAAGAUAGUCACCACUGGUCCUACAACAACCUCAACCACAACUGUCGUUGAAACCACUACGUCAGUGCCAGAAAUCACAGUGACCAGCCAAGAAUCCACCGUUGUGACAUCAAAACCUUCUGUGACUACCACAACUACUCAGGCACUUUCAAGUACUACAGUGGGAACCACAACCAAGCCUGUUGAGACAACCACCCCUGAAGGAACGACAAUUCAGGUUUGGACAACAAAACCUCCAAAGAUAGUCACCACUGGUCCUACAACAACCUCAACCACAACUGUCGUUGAAACCACUACGUCAGUGCCAGAAAUCACAGUGACCAGCCAAGAAUCCACCGUUGUGACAUCAAAACCUUCUGUGACAACCACAACUACUCAGGCACCUUCAAGGACUACAGUGGGAACCACAACCAAGCCUGUUGAGACAACCACCCCUGAAGGAACAACAAUUCAAGUUGGGACAACAAAACCUCCAAAGAUAGUCACCACUGGUCCUACAACAACCUCAACCACAACUGUCGUUGAAACCACUACGUCAGUGCCAGAAAUCACAGUGACCAGCCAAGAAUCCACCGUUGUGACAUCAAAACCUUCUGUGACUACCACAACUACUCAGGCACCUUCAAGUACUACAGUGGGAACCACAACCAAGCCUGUUGAGACAACCACCCCUGAAGGAACAACAAUUCAGGUUGGGACAACAAAACCUCCAAAAAUAGUCACCACUGGUCCUACAACACCCUCAACCACAACUGUCGUUGAAACCACUACGUCAGUGCCAGAAAUCACAGUGACCAGCCAAGAAUCCACCGUUGUGACAUCAAAACCUUCUGUGACAACCACAACUACUCAGGCACCUUCAAGGACUACAGUGGGAACCACAACCAAGCCUGUUGAGACAACCACCCCUGAAGGAACAACAAUUCAAGUUGGGACAACAAAACCUCCAAAGAUAGUCACUACUGGUCCUACAACAACCUCAACCACAACUGCCGUUGAAACCACUACGUCAGUGCCGGAAAUCACAGUGACCAGCCAAGAAUCCACCGUUGUGACAUCAAAACCUUCUGUGACUACCACAACUACUCAGGCACCUUCAAGUACUACAGUGGGAACCACAACCAAGCCUGUUGAGACAACCACCCCCGAAGGAACAACAAUUCAGGUUGGGACAACAAAACCUCCAAAGAUAGUCACCACUGGUCCUACAACAACCUCAACCACAACUGUCGUUGAAGCCACUACGUCAGUGCCAGAAAUCACAGUGACCAGACAAGAAUCCACCGUUGUGACAUCAAAACCUUCUGUGACUACCACAACUACUCAGGCACCUUCAAGUACUACAGUGGGAACCACAACCAAGCCUGUUGAGACAACCACCCCUGAAGGAACAACAAUUCAGGCUGGGACAACAAAACCUCCAAAGAUAGUCACCACUGGUCCUACAACAACCUCAACCACAACUGCCGUUGAAACCACUACGUCAGUGCCGGAAAUCACAGUGACCAGCCAAGAAUCCACCGUUGUGACAUCAAAACCUUCUGUGACUACCACAACUACUCAGGCACCUUCAAGUACUACAGUGGGAACCACAACCAAGCCUGUUGAGACAACCACCCCCGAAGGAACAACAAUUCAGGUUGGGACAACAAAACCUCCAAAGAUAGUCACCACUGGUCCUACAACAACCUCAACCACAACUGUCGUUGAAGCCACUACGUCAGUGCCAGAAAUCACAGUGACCAGACAAGAAUCCACCGUUGUGACAUCAAAACCUUCUGUGACUACCACAACUACUCAGGCACCUUCAAGUACUACAGUGGGAACCACAACCAAGCCUGUUGAGACAACCACCCCUGAAGGAACAACAAUUCAGGCUGGGACAACAAAACCUCCAAAGAUAGUCACCACUGGUCCUACAACAACCUCAACCACAACUGUCGUUGAAACCACUACGUCAGUGCCAGAAAUCACAGUGACCAGCCAAGAAUCCACCGUUGUGACAUCAAAACCUUCUGUGACUACCACAACUACUCAGGCACUUUCAAGUACUACAGUGGGAACCACAACCAAGCCUGUUGAGACAACCACCCCUGAAGGAACAACAAUUCAGGUUGGGACAACAAAACCCCCAAAGAUAGUCACCACUGGUCCUACAACAACCUCAACCACAACUGUCGUUGAAACCACUACGUCAGUGCCAAAAAUCACAGUGACCAGCCAAGAAUCCACCGUUGUGACUUCAAAACCUUCUGUGACUACCACAACUACUCAGGCACCUUCAAGUACUACAGUGGGAACCACAACCAAGCCUGUUGAGACAACCACCCCUGAAGGAACAACAAUUCAGGUUGGGACAACAAAACCUCCAAAGAUAGUCACCACUGGUCCUACAACAACCUCAACCACAACUGUCGUUGAAACCACUACGUCAGUGCCAGAAAUCACAGUGACCAGCCAAGAAUCCACCGUUGUGACAUCAAAACCUUCUGUGACUACCACAACUACUCAGGCACCUUCAAGUACUACAGUGGGAGCCACAACCAAGCCUGUUGAGACAACCACCCCUGAAGGAACAACAAUUCAAGUUGGGACAACAAAACCUCCAAAGAUAGUCACCACUGGUCCUACAACAACCUCAACCACAACUGUCGUUGAAACCACUACGUCAGUGCCAGAAAUCACAGUGACCAGCCAAGAAUCCACCGUUGUGACAUCAAAACCUUCUGUGACUACCACAACUACUCAGGCACCUUCAAGUACUACAGUGGGAACCACAACCAAGCCUGUUGAGACAACCACCCCUGAAGGAACAACAAUUCAGGUUGGGACAACAAAACCUCCAAAGAUAGUCACCACUGGUCCUACAACAACCUCAACCACAACUGUCGUUGAAACCACUACGUCAGUGCCAGAAAUCACAGCGACCAGCCAAGAAUCCACCGUUGUGACAUCAAAACCUUCUGUGACUACCACAACUACUCAGGCACUUUCAAGUACUACAGUGGGAACCACAACCAAGCCUGUUGAGACAACCACCCCUGAAGGAACAACAAUUCAGGUUGGGACAACAAAACCUCCAAAGAUAGUCACCACUGGUCCUACAACAACCUCAACCACAACUGUCGUUGAAACCACUACGUCAGUGCCAGAAAUCACAGUGACCAGCCAAGAAUCCACCGUUGUGACAUCAAAACCUUCUGUGACUACCACAACCACUCAGGCACCUACAAGUACUACAGUGGGAACCACAACAAAACUUAUUGCGACAACCACCUCUGAAGGAACAACAAUUCAGGUUGGGACAACAAAACCUUCAAAGAUAGUCACCACUGGUCCUACAACAACCUCAACCACAACUGUCGUUGAAACCACUACGUCAGUGCCAGAAAUCACAGUGACCAGCCAAGAAUCCACCGUUGUGACAUCAAAACCUUCUGUGACUACCACAACUACUCAGGCACCUUCAAGUACCACUGUGGGAGCCACAACGAAACUCAUUGAGACAACCACCCCUGAAGGAACAACAAUUCAGGUUGGGACAACAAAACCUCCAAAGAUAGUCACCACUGGUCCUACAACAACCUCAACCACAACUGUUGUUGAAACCACUACGUCAGUGCCAGAAAUCACAGUGACCAGCCAAGAAUCCACCGUUGUGACAUCAAAACCUUCUGUGACUACCACAACUACUCAGGCACCUUCAAGUACUACAGUGGGAACCACAACGAAACUCGUUGAGACAACCACCCCUGAAGGAACAACAGCUAUUGCCCCUAUAACACAGACACUUCCAGGCAGUGCAACUGUUUACACAACUAGUGCAACCACACAGCCAGCCAUAAACACAACAGUCCAGGUUGGGACAACAAAACCUUCUGUGACUACCACAACUACUCAGGCACCUUCAAGUACUACAGUGGGAACCACAACAAAACUUAUUGAGACAACCACCCCUGAAGGAACAACAGUCCAGGUUGGGACAACAAAACCUCCAAAGAUAGUCACCACUGGUCCUACAACACCCUCAACCACAACUGUUGUUGAAACCACUACCUCAGUGCCAGAGAUCACAGUGACCAGCCAAGAAUCCACCGUUGUGACAUCAAAACCUUCUGUGACUACCACAACUACUCAGGCCCCUUCAAGUACCACUGUGGGAACCACAACGAAACUCGUUGAGACAACCACUCCUGAAGGAACAACAGUCCAGUUUGGGACAACAAAUCCUCCAAAGAUAGUCACCACUGGUCCUACAACAACCUCAACUACAACUGUUGUUGAAACCACUACAUCAGUGCCAGAAAUCACAGUGACCAGCCAAGAAUCCACCGUUGUGACAUCAAAACCUUCUGUGACUACCACAACUACUCAGGGACCUUCAAGAACAACAAUUCAGGUUGGGACAACAAAACCUCCAAAGAUAGUCACCACUGGUCCUACAACAACCUCAACCACAACUGUCGUUGAAACCACUACGUCAGUGCCAGAAAUCACAGCGACCAGCCAAGAAUCCACCGUUGCACCUUCAAGUACUACAGUGGGAACCACAACAAAACUUAUUGAGACAACCACCUCUGAAGGAACAACAAUUCAGGUUGGGACAACAAAACCUUCAAAGAUAGUCACCACUGGUCCUACAACAACCUCAACCACAACUGUCGUUGAAACCACUACGUCAGUGCCAGAAAUCACAGUGACCAGCCAAGAAUCCACCGUUGUGACAUCAAAACCUUCUGUGACUACCACAACUACUCAGGCACCUUCAAGUACCACUGUGGGAGCCACAACGAAACUCAUUGAGACAACCACCCCUGAAGGAACAACAAUUCAGGUUGGGACAACAAAACCUCCAAAGAUAGUCACCACUGGUCCUACAACAACCUCAACCACAACUGUUGUUGAAACCACUACGUCAGUGCCAGAAAUCACAGUGACCAGCCAAGAAUCCACCGUUGUGACAUCAAAACCUUCUGUGACUACCACAACUACUCAGGCACCUUCAAGUACUACAGUGGGAACCACAACGAAACUCGUUGAGACAACCACCCCUGAAGGAACAACAGCUAUUGCCCCUAUAACACAGACACUUCCAGGCAGUGCAACUGUUUACACAACUAGUGCAACCACACAGCCAGCCAUAAACACAACAGUCCAGGUUGGGACAACAAAACCUUCUGUGACUACCACAACUACUCAGGCACCUUCAAGUACUACAGUGGGAACCACAACAAAACUUAUUGAGACAACCACCCCUGAAGGAACAACAGUCCAGGUUGGGACAACAAAACCUCCAAAGAUAGUCACCACUGGUCCUACAACACCCUCAACCACAACUGUUGUUGAAACCACUACCUCAGUGCCAGAGAUCACAGUGACCAGCCAAGAAUCCACCGUUGUGACAUCAAAACCUUCUGUGACUACCACAACUACUCAGGCCCCUUCAAGUACCACUGUGGGAACCACAACGAAACUCGUUGAGACAACCACUCCUGAAGGAACAACAGUCCAGUUUGGGACAACAAAUCCUCCAAAGAUAGUCACCACUGGUCCUACAACAACCUCAACUACAACUGUUGUUGAAACCACUACAUCAGUGCCAGAAAUCACAGUGACCAGCCAAGAAUCCACCGUUGUGACAUCAAAACCUUCUGUGACUACCACAACUACUCAGGGACCUUCAAGUACUACAGUGGGAACCACAACAAUGCCUGUUGAGACAACCACCCCUGAAGGAACAACAAUUCAAGUUGGGACAACAAAACCUCCAAAGAUAGUCACCACUGGUCCUACAACAACCUCAACCACAACUGUCGUUGAAACCACUACGUCAGUGCCAGAAAUCACAGUGACCAGCCAAGAAUCCACCGUUGUGACAUCAAAACCUUCUGUGACUACCACAACUACUCAGGCACCUUCAAGUACUACAGUGGGAACCACAACCAAGCCUGUUGAGACAACCACCCCUGAAGGAACAACAAUUCAGGUUGGGACAACAAAACCUCCAAAGAUAGUCACCACUGGUCCUACAACAACCUCAACCACAACUGUCGUUGAAACCACUACGUCAGUGCCAGAAAUCACAGCGACCAGCCAAGAAUCCACCGUUGUGACAUCAAAACCUUCUGUGACUACCACAACUACUCAGGCACUUUCAAGUACUACAGUGGGAACCACAACCAAGCCUGUUGAGACAACCACCCCUGAAGGAACAACAAUUCAGGUUGGGACAACAAAACCUCCAAAGAUAGUCACCACUGGUCCUACAACAACCUCAACCACAACUGUCGUUGAAACCACUACGUCAGUCCCAGAAAUCACAGUGACCAGCCAAGAAUCCACCGUUGUGACAUCAAAACCUUCUGUGACUACCACAACUACUCAGGCACCUUCAAGUACUACAGUGGGAACCACAACCAAGCCUGUUGAGACAACCACCCCUGAAGGAACAACAAUUCAGGUUGGGACAACAAAACCUCCAAAGAUAGUCACCACUGGUCCUACAACAACCUCAACCACAACUGUCGUUGAAACCACUAUGUCAGUGCCAGAAAUCACAGUGACCAGCCAAGAAUCCACCGUUGUGACAUCAAAACCUUCUGUGACUACCACAACCACUCAGGCACCUUCAAGUACUACAGUGGGAACCACAACCAAGCCUGUUGAGACAACCACCCCUGAAGGAACAACAAUUCAGGUUGGGACAACAAAACCUCCAAAGAUAGUCACCACUGGUCCUACAACAUCAUCAACCACAACUGUUGUUGAAACCACUACGUCAGUCCCAGAAAUCACAGUGACCAGCCAAGAAUCCACCGUUGUGACAUCAAAACCUUCUGUGACUACCACAACUACUCAGGCACCUUCAAGUACUACAGUGGGAACCACAACGAAACUCGUUGAGACAACCACCCCUGAAGGAACAACAGCUAUUGCCCCUAUAACACAGACACUUCCAGGCAGUGCAACUGUUUACACAACUAGUGCAACCACACAGCCAGCCAUAAACACAACAGUCCAGGUUGGGACAACAAAACCUUCUGUGACUACCACAACUACCCAGGCACCUUCAAGUACUACAGUGGGAACCACAACAAAACUUAUUGCGACAACCACCCCUGAAGGAACAACAAUUCAGGUUGGAACAACAAAACCUCCAAAGAUAGUCACCACUGGUCCUACAACAUCAUCAACCACAACUGUGUUUGAAACCACUACGUCAGUGCCAGAAAUCACAGUGACCAGCCAAGAAUCCACCGUUGUGACAUCAAAACCUUCUGUGACUACCACAACUACUCAGGCACCUUCAAGUACCACUGUGGGAACCACAACGAAACUCGUUGAGACAACCACUCCUGAAGGAACAACAGUCCAGUUUGGGACAACAAAUCCUCCAAAGAUAGUCACCACUGGUCCUACAACAACCUCAACUACAACUGUUGUUGAAACCACUACAUCAGUGCCAGAAAUCACAGUGACCAGCCAAGAAUCCACCGUUGUGACAUCAAAACCUUCUGUGACAACCACAACUACUCAGGGACCUUCAAGUACUACAGUGGGAACCACAACAAUGCCUGUUCAGACAACCACCCCUGAAGGAACAACAGUCCAGGUUGUGUCAACAAAACCUCCAAAGAUAGUCACCACUGGACCAAUGACAACCUCAACCACAACUGUUGUUGAAACCACUACAUCGCUGCCCGAAAUCACAGUGACCAGCCAAACUACAACCUCAGUAGCAGGUGUCACAGCAACAACCUCAGGCACAACUGUUGGUGUAGUCACAGGACAUUCACAGUCACCAACUGUAAUUACAAAGCCAUCUGUUUUUCACACAACAGAAAUUAUGGCUUCUACUGUAGUUACAGGAACAACAGCCAGAGGAUCAACUGCUAUUGGUCCUGUAACGCAGACACUUCCAGGCAGCACAACUGUUCACACAACUAGUGCAACCACACAGCCAACCAGAUCCACAGUUGUUUUUACAUCACGGUUUCCCACAGCCUCCACAUCAUGUGUUUGCAUUGUCAACGGAACUUCACAUCGCCCUGGGGACUUGGUGUACAACGUCACUGAUGGCUUGGGAUGGUGUUUCACUGCAUAUUGCAAUGUGUCUUGUAAAGUUGAAACAAAAUCCAGCCCAUGUCAUCCAACACCAAUACCCACCACUACUGCACAUUCGGCUACAACAGUGUUCAGCACCACGACACAGGCCACAAUUUCAAGCUCAAUUCCUCUGACCACAGCUUUGCCUAACUCUACUUCCACUGCAUCAGAAACUACAUCAACUACGCUUGACUGCAAUGAUGUGUAUCCACCAAGAAAGAAUGGACAGUCCUGGAAGGUAAAUAACUGCACCACAGCUACGUGCACCAAUGGCAAGAUCACAGAGGCACAGGCUGUUUGUUCUCCAUCGCCGAUAUCCAUCUGUUCCAAUGGACGCAACGUUUCCAAGGUUUAUGAUGAUAAUGGAUGUUGCUUUCACUAUGAAUGCGAAUGUGUGUGCAGUGUCUGGGGUGGAUCCCACUACAUGACUUUUGAUGGAACAUCAUACAGUUUCAACGAGAACUGCUCUUACUACUUGGUCAAAGAAAUUAUUUCAAAAUAUAAUUUAAGUAUUACAGUAAACAACCAUUAUUGUGAUCCUUCAAACAGCACGUUCUGUCCCAAAGCUCUCAUUGUAACGUACCAGUCCUACAAAGUUGUUUUGACUCAGUUGAAGACUUCAGGAACAGAAGCCAAUGUGGUAUAUAUCAAUCAGAAACGUAUCUAUCCUGCAUAUAGCAAUUCUGACCUGCGCCUCACUAGCACAGAUAUGGUGAUCACACUGGAAAUAGAGGCAAUCAACGCAAAAGUACUCUAUAGGGGCUCCUCAUUUAGCAUUGACCUUCCUUAUUCCCUCUUUGAAGGAAACACUGAGGGACAGUGUGGGACCUGUGACAACUCCCAGGUCAAUGAAUGCCGUUCUCCGAACGGCCAGGUGGAAAGCUGCUCAGAAUCUGCAGGUCAGUGGAAGGUCCCGGGUACAUCCUGUGUCACCCCCACAAGCCCACCAGUUACUACAUCAGCACCCAGGACCUCUUCAGAAUCACCACACUCAACAACACAGCACGUUUGCCAGUCUGACAUUUGUGAUCUCCUCACCAGCAGUGUAUUCGCACCGUGCAACGCCGUCAUAUCCUCAGCACCAUUUGUGAAGGCCUGUUUGUCUGACGCUUGCAACAGUGGCAAUAACACCUGCUCCAGCCUAGAGUCCUAUGCCACUGAGUGCUCUAAUGCAGGAGUCUGUGUUGACUGGAGGAACGCUACCAACGGGCUGUGUGAGCACAAGUGUCCAAGCAAUAAAGUGUACAUGGCAUGUGGCCCCUCUGUAGAGCCAACAUGCAGUAGCAGAUACAACCAGAAGUUCCAGGCAUAUAGCAACACAACCACUCAGGAGGGUUGUUUCUGUCCUAAUGGAACCAUCUUAUUCAACACAGUGUAUGACACAUGUGUUACCUCCUGUGAUUGUGUUGGCCCUGAUGGAAAACCCAGAGAGCCUGGUGAAACAUGGAGGAGUGGCUGCAAUACCUGUGAGUGCAACCAGGAUUCCAUGAGCAUCCAGUGUCAGCCUGUUCAGUGUCCGUCAGUGCACAGCCCCAACUGCAGCGAGCCUGGACAGCAGCUGGUCAACACAACAGGCACCUGCUGCACAACACAGUCAUGUGAAUGCAAUGUAAACCUGUGUCCCGCUCCUAUCACCUGCCCGCUGGGCUUCCAGCUCAACGUCACGGCGAACACCACCUGCUGCCGGACCUAUGAAUGUGUUCCAAAGGGUGUAUGUGUCUACAACAUGACAGAGUACAAGCCUGGUGCCAAGAUACCAACAUCAGAAUCACCAUCAGAAUCACCACUGGAAGUUCCAUCAGUGACAGGAAACACAACAGCGCUGUCACUGGAGCAAGAGAGUGCAGAAGCAACACUGAAACCUCUAUCAAAUGAGUCUUUCACACCCGGGCCUUGCAUGGACUGUUACUGCGGCCCCAACAUGGAUCCCACAACCAAUCUGAACAUCAUUACCUGCAAACCUGUGGUCUGCAACACAAGCUGCUCUGAGGGUUAUGAAUACCAGACUGCUGCUGGAAAAUGCUGUGGGGCGUGUGUCCAGAAGAGUUGUAUUUUCACCACACCUGGCAACCUGACAGUACAUGUCAUUGAGGUCAACAGUACUUAUGUACCCCCUGCUGAUAAGUGUGUGCAGUAUACCUGUGAGAAGAUCAAUGGACAGCUUGUCACAAAGGAAACCAAGACCACCUGUCCUCCCUUUAAUCCCUUGGACUGUGAACCCGGCACUCAAUCAACUGAUGCCAGUGGAUGCUGCCAAACCUGUAAGGUCCAGAGUGUCUGUGAGGUCCAGAGUAAGCAGUCAGUCAUUGAGGUGAACAGCUGCAAGAGCACACAACCGGUCAACAUCACAUCCUGUGCUGGACACUGUGGAAGUUCAUCUGUGUAUUCCGCAGCAGCCAACACCAUGAUACAUCAAUGUGAGUGUUGCCAGGAGGCAAGCACUCGUCAGAUGCAGGUGGAGUUAACCUGCAGCGAUGGAUCCAAACUCCAGCACACCUACACCCAGGUGCAGACGUGCAGCUGCAGCAAAGCAGAAUGUGCGGCGGGAACAACGUCCAAUCCACAGCACCGCAGGAGACGCUGAUUAGUUACUUGAUGCUUUUAUGCUAGACCAGGCGGAACCUUAGGUAUUCUUCAUUUUGUCAGCUUUUACUAUUUAUAGCCAAACAUGUUCUCUUUUUCAGUGUCAAACCACUUUGAUAUAAACUUUCUUCAGCUUUUUUGGUGAUGAUCCUUAUUAAAAUAUUUCUGCAAUACAAA